GACGCGCCCGAAGCGGCUCCUGAGCGGUGGUUCCGGUGUGAAUGGAGAGAGGUGUCGCGUUGGCAUUCCCGGGGAGCAGAUACAUCGUUACCAAAGUAUUCAUGAAGGGAUAUGGGGUCUACGCUCUGCAUUUGCUCUCGAGGGGUUAUAACCAUUGAAAACAAGCGUUACAUGUUCGUCCAGAAGCUGGGUGAAGGUGGCUUCAGUUAUGUGGAUCUGGUGGAGGGUGUACAUGACGGGCGUUUUUAUGCUCUGAAACGGAUAUUAUGCCAUGACCGGGAAGAUCGGAAGGAAGCUGUACAUGAAGUGGAGAUGCACAGGCUGUUUAAUCACCCGAACAUCUUGCGGCUUGAAGGACAAUGCAUAAUAGAAAAGGGAUCCAAAUGGGAGGCUUGGCUGCUCCUUCCAUAUGUAGCGAAAGGAACCCUGUGGAGUGAGGUAGAAGGUCUACGGGAUAAAAAUUGUGCACUUUCUGAAGAUAGAGUUCUCCACAUCCUCCGUGGUAUAUCUCUGGGAUUGAAAGCCAUACAUGAAAGAGGCUAUGCACACAGGGACCUGAAACCGACAAACGUGCUGUUAGAUGAUGAUGACCGGCCACUUAUAAUGGACUUGGGCUCUAUGAACCAUGCUCGCAUUGAGGUGACAAGUUCCCGACAGGCAAUGUCUGUGCAGGACUGGGCCGCACAGCGUUGCACCAUUUCCUACCGGGCGCCAGAAUUAUUCAAUGUUGAGAGCAACUGUGUGAUUGACGAGAGAACAGACAUCUGGUCUCUGGGCUGUGUCCUGUAUUGCAUGAUGUUUGGAGAAGGGCCAUUCGACAUGAUCUUUCAGAAAGGCGACAGUGUGGCAUUAGCGGUUCAAAACACCGUCACAAUUCGUACAAGUAACAGGUAUUCACAAGCACUGGAAUCCCUACUGUCCUCCAUGCUGGUGGUGAAUCAUCAGGAAAGGCCGUACAUCUCUACUAUACUAGCCCAGAUAGAGACACUGGUUCCUGCUGUAGAUGGACAGGCCACAACUAGGAUAUGAUGCCACCGGAUAUAGGACCAAAUCCAUGUUCCUCCCGUGAUUCCUUAAUCUUCCAUCCAUGGGACCAUUGGACUCAUCAGAUGUCAGUACAAGGAGACUGCGUCAAUCCACAGUGAAAGCAAACCUCUUGUAUAUCGUUUGAUUUGAAAGAUUUUUAUUUAUUAUUUUAACAUAUUAGUUUUGUUUUCAAGUACUAAACCCGAUAGAGACAUAGACAUCUUCUCUGGGUUAAGUUUGCUGGACAAUAUUUUAUCUUUUAUUUUAUUUUUUCUUCCAGGAAUUUUAAACUCACUAAAUAAGCGCAAAUAUCCUGAGGAUCACCCUCGUUUGGUGCUCCAUCUGUGUCCCCAUAGGCUGCUAUUCUCAGGCCAAUACCCACUGUACCCGGUCUUUGGGGCUGUUCCAUAAUUUGUGUUUGGCUGAGUUUGUGCUUUUACAUUUCUUAAAAUUACCUUCAAAGGGAGCUUGCAACUUGUGUGUCCAUUUUAAAUUGUAUGUGUCAUUUUUUUAAAAUGAAAAAUGUAUGUUACAGAAAUGAGUACUGUACUAAUGAUGCACUUUUUACACACAGUAAACGGUGUCUAGUCAUGGGGUGUGAUUUUUAUCCACUAAUGAUCCGUUUGGCAUUCAAGCGUCACUUAUACAGUGAGUCAGUUUAUAAGAGGGUGAGCACACAAGUUUACAGGAAAACCUUCUGCUUUGUUUACACCCAGCUGCAGAUUUAAUUAGGUUAAUAUUAUGAGCGGACUCUGAGUUAAUAAAAUACAGGUUCCACAAGCAAGAUAUUCCAUGGCUGGUAACUUGGUAUUAAAAGGAACACUGCAGACACUAUAACUGUCAUCUCAUUGAAGUGGUUGUAGUGUCUGCAGUCCCUUGGCGCUGUCCUACUAUUCAGUUUUAAACCGUUUUUAAUGUGUUGCUGCUAAACGAGAAUCCCUAGCAGUUGCUUGGACCAAUGAGAAAGCAUUAACCUGAUCUGCAAUGGGCGACUGAUUGGCUGAGAUGUCAGCUGACUGCUUUCAGUUCAUCACACCUCGCAUUACUGGUAUGAAUUGGUAUUGCUAGAAGGAAGUGAGUAAAAACCUUGGCCUCAAUGGGACAUUAUAGUCACCAGA